AGCCAAUCACAUCUCAUUCCGCUUCCACCUAGCAGGGGAAAACAGUACGAGGAGGCGGAAACUCGUUUCUGGGGUUGUAUAUAUAAGCAGUUCAGCGUGGGAUUGUUGUAUCACCGUCCAAUGACGCUCUGCUUGACCAGGCGACUGCAGGAGCGCACAGAGUACCGUGCAGGUGUGUGUGGACUUUGAUCUGCAGUGACCAAGAGGGGAGACCUCCAGCUACCUGCUGCAGCAAGCCAGCUCUCUUGGAGCAGAGACCCAUGCUGCUGUAGCCUCCAGACACACACACAUAGCGCUGUCCAUCCUCUGUGGUGCUGAAACCUGCAGGACUCGACCCAUCACAUAGCGCUGUGCAUCCUCUUGUGGUGCUGAAACCUGCAGGACUCGACCCUUCAACCGGUGACGUAGAGCACCAGCCUCAUCCAAGAAAACACAAAUCUUAAAAAAAAAAGAAAAAAAGAUGUAUAAAUCUUAUAUAUGGAUUUGAAGCAAGUGAAAAAGAAAGAGGAGACAGAAGAGCAGAAGUGCCAGAAGUACCAGCAGCACACCCAGUGGAGCCUCCGUAGAGGAGGAGGAGGAGAGUGACCGAGGCUUUCCAUCAGAUCAGUGAGGUGAAUGUUGAUGACACCAUUGAAAUGUUACCAAAAUCAAGAAGAGCUCUCACCAUUCAAGAGAUUGCUGCAUUAGCGCGAUCUUCCCUGCAUGGUAUUUCCCAGGUGGUUAAGGACCAUGUGACAAAGCCCACAGCCAUGGCUCAGGGCAGAGUGGCCCACUUGAUAGAGUGGAAAGGCUGGUGUAGGCCCAUCGACACUCCAGCAGCCCUGGAAUCAGACUUCAACUCUUACUCAGACCUCACUGAGGGAGAGCAGGAGGCACGCUUCGCUGCUGGUGUGGCAGAGCAGUUUGCCAUAGCGGAAGCUAAGCUGAGGGCCUGGUCAUCUGUGGACGGCGACGAGUCCAACGAUGACUCAUAUGACGAGGACUUUCUGCCUGCCAACGAGCCCACCACACAGAGCACAGAUGUGUCAUCAUAUCCGCCCUACUUGAAGGAACUGAUCCACAGCCAGCUUUGCCAACACCUGGGCCUGCGAGGGCCCUGUUGCGAGGUCGGAGGAGGAGGAGGAGGAGGCGGAGAGGGCGGUGGCAGCGGCGAGCCCUCCCCCACGGCAGGCUCCCCGGACACCUUGUGCUCCAGCCUCUGCAGCCUGGACGAGCAACACCCGCUUCUGCGUGACCUGGGUGGUAACCGCGGCAACCACUCCUACAGCAAUGCCGCCGAGCUCGCUGCCAAGAUCCUGGCGGCGCUGCAGGGAGGCGAGGAGCUGCUGCUGGCCCGGCUGCAGAGGGCAGGGCAGAGCGCGCGCGGCGGAGGGGACUCUGGCUUCCACAACCUGAACGGGGACGGGCGGGGCAUCAGGCCCUGCGGGGGUCAGGACUCUCCUUGCUACUCCAUGUCUUACUCUGAGACGUAUCUGUCACCCGGCGAGGACGACGACACCCCCUGCAAGGACUAUGAGAGCACCGUGUGCCAGGUGGAUGCGGAGGGCAACGGAGAGGAGUACGAUCCACACCGGAGGGUCUCCGACGUGGCGUCCUCUGGGGUCGUGUCUCUCGAUGAGGAGGAUGAAGAGGAGGAGGAGGAGAGGGCAGGAGAGCCAAACAACCAAUGACUCCUCUCAUCUCACCUCAGUGUUUAACCCCUCUAAACUCUUUGGAGGGUUUUCAUUUUUGCAACCCCUCUCCUCCAUGGCGUCUGAACAGUUUGAACCGCCACGCAUGCUGUUUUUUUUCUCCCUCCUCUGACUGAAACAUAAAUCAUCCGUCUUUGCCUUACUCGCAGCAUUUCAACUCCUCCUCUCCACCUCGUGACUGCUUCGUCCCUCAUUCGAUGUAUCAACUAUUUCCUUUGAAGGCGUCCAAACAAUCUUUUUUAUCAGUGUGAAAGCAGGAGUGCUACAGCAGUCCUGUGACGGGGAAUGACGCACGCAGUUUCCGGCUCCGUCCCCACCUGUGAAGCGACUCUAAAAACGGACGCCACCAACCGGCAGACAGAAUGACUGAAUGAGUCCAAAACUCUGACUUAUCUUUGCAUGUGUUUUGCAAGUGCUGAAAUCGAUGGGCCGACCCGGUCUUGAGCACGGUUUGCAAUCUCAGCUGUUCUGUAUAACCCCCACCCACCUCCCCAACAUCUCCCAUGGGAGAGAGGUGCAUCCUGGGACCUCCCUCUCUCUCCCACCCUCCCCCUCCUUUGCAAGAGACAAUAGCAUCCUUUCGGCAUGGCUUGCUGAGUAUGCCAAACUAUUUAACCCUGUCACUACCAAUUAUGAGCAAAUGCUGGAAUGUCUUCAAAGUGACAGGGCAUAGUAUGUAUUUUAAAAUAACAAAGUUUAAAAAAGAUUUGUCACAAACGAUAUAACAGAAAUGAUAUGCUUUUAUUGUACUAGUUUUCUAUCACUCAGACAUGUUGUUGUUCACCUUAUUCCAAACAUCAUUAUGAUGGACAUCUGCCAUAAUGAUCAACUAUAGCUACUGGAUAUUUUUGAGGUUCUGUGGAUUCCUGCAUGGAAGACACGAGAACUUUGGUUGUCUUAAAAAAAAUAAAUACACAGCAGCAGCAGCAGCAGCGACGACAGCAAACACUGACAGAAUGUUCCUGAAGUGACCCUUCGGCGAUCGGUGUUUCGGCAGGAAGUGGCGCAGUUGGAAAAGACAGAAACGUUUUUUUUCUGUGAAGAGUUGCGUCGGAGAUUUUCUAUAUUUUUGUAUGCGUUGUCUUGCUUUGAUCUCUUUGCCUAUGCGGCGUGCCAGUGUAUGUGUUUUUUUGCACGAAGCUAAUGUGGCUGUAGAUUUCUCCUUUUCUUCGUUAUCACUGUGUGAUAUAGUUUACUGGGAAAAAAAACAAAACAAAAUGUGAACAAAAAUUUAAUUUUUUAUUUCAAAAGAGGAUACUGUGAUACGGUUUGUUAUUGCAUUUGUCAUGAUCCUCACAAAGAGCUCUUUGUUUUUUUGUUUUUUAUUUCAAAAUCUUUCUUUCCUCUCAUACUGACUCCUGAAACGCUUUGCCUUUUUAUUCUCUACUUUCCCUUCUUUUUUAUGAUAUUUGCAAAAUGGCAUGUUUAUGUGACACAUGCAGAAACUCCCAUCUCCAUGGUGAUAUGAGGAGCCCCGUUGAGGUUCUCCCAGAGGGACUGUCAUUCAUACAACUCAGGAAAUCCCAUUGGACCAGAGCAUCAAUGCAUCCCACCCGCCUGCAUAACGCCACUUGUCUCGCAUCCUCCGUGUGUGUGCUUGUGAGUAGAAAAAGGUGUGCGUAGUUAUUUUCUACAAUUAUCUAAAGCACAGAUUCAGUCCCCACAUCUUUCUUUAAUGUUGUUUAGGAAAGCCUCAACGUGCGAGUCCGUAUGUUUUGUGCAAAUGUGUGAUUGUGUGUAUUGUACGAUGUCAGCAAGCUCCUUAAAGCUUGCGCUGUAUAUCCAUUCCAAAACCCCUCCAAUGCAGCGAUUCCCUUUAAAACAGUGUCUGGUGUAGCUGAUUGGAGGUUGAACUUUUGCUGGUGCUGGAGAUAAAACUAGAGGCAUACAGUACAUAAAUCUGGAAUUUUUUUUGAAAAUACAGACAGGAUGACGUUGCUCAAUCGGACUUCUGAACUAAACUACAUGGAAAACCCAGUCAGGAGAGUUGGAGAAGACAGCGACAACUCAGGGGGAACCAUUGAAGCUGUGCCUUUCAUUCGUCACCUUUGACCUCCCAAGUUGUACCAUCAUCAUCAUCAUCAUCAUCAUCAUCAUCAUCACAUCUUCCAUGCUGUCACUCAGGCCAGAGCUCGGCUUCCUUCCUCUUCUCCCUUUUUAAAUGAGCCAGUCUAAAAUCUGAUCGACAUCCUGUUGCAUCUCCUGUGUGUUUUCUCCCGCUGUAGCUGGAGGUUACAGCUGGCCGAUUUGCGUCAUUGUCCUUUUGGUUGACAUUAAAAGGCGGGUGAUGCUGGCGUGGCGAGGUUGUGCUUUUGUCCUUUCGUGGUGACGACAGCGUACCAUUGUCCCCCCGACCCUCCCCUCCUGUAUUUAUUUAUCAGCUUGCUCUGUCCACAACACAGUGCAUUUGCUGUGUCAGUCUCUGAGUGUCCUCCAUCCUCUCCCCGAGCAGUGUGGGGCUGUGGUUGAAAAGUCUUUUCCAUUCACCCAGCAGCUGUCCCUCUCACAUUGACAUUUUUUUUUUAUACUUCCAAGAACCAUGACCACAUUCCUUCAUCCAGUCUUAACCUUUACCUUAACCCCGUCCUCCAAAUCCAAAUCUAAUCUGAACCCUAAAUCCAAAUCCCUUUUGUAGAAGUGGCACUCUUUCUAUCCUUGUGAGAACAUUUUGUCCUCGUAAGAAUAGAAAUAGAAGAGUUCCCGCUGACACACACACACACAGACAGCCUGAUGAAUGUCUCCCGUCUCCAUCCUUCUGUCUCUGUCCUGUCAUUUCCUGCCCCCUCACCCUCCUCCCCUCCUCUCUUUCUUUCCCUCCCACCUCCCAUACAUCCCCACAGGGGGCUCAUUACGUAACUAAGAGGACAUCUGAGUGCUACCUUUGCCGACAGGCAAUUAGCCCACGAUUAUGAAACCGCCUGACGAACAGGAGAUGCGUAUCUCUCUCCUGUCUGUCUUUUUAUUUCACCCUCGUGUCUUUUUCCCUCUUCACUCCGUCUGCAUCAUCCCUUCCCUUUCUCUCCACCUCCUCCUCACCUCAUCUUUUGAGGUUCGCUGUCCCAGAAAACAGUUUGUGGAAAGAUCAAACAAAGUGUUCCUCGCUGUCUGUUCGGUAAUAUAUAUCGUAACCCAAAUAACAGAAGAACACCCUGUUCAGACCUGGUAUUAACAUGCAUCCUGAGUGAUCAGAUCUAGCUCUAAGUACGUCAGUUCACACCACAUGCAUCUCUCCAGUUACCACUUGAGAUCCGAUCUCACUUUCCUGCUCUAUUUGCAAAUAAACACGUAGUAAACACAUGGUUUUAACACUACGAUGACCCGAAUGCUUCCAAGCUUCGACCGUUGCCAUGGUAUUCGACCUCCAAAUCACUAUUUGAAUGCUUUCAUUUUUUUUUUUUUUUUUUAUGAAAUAAAGAAUAAUCCCACAACAUUAUUCAUAUUCAACAUUAAUUAUUAUUAGUUAUUCUUAGACGGAUAUCACUGUUUGUUGUGUAUAGAGGUGUGUGUGUUUACAGUAGUCCGGCAGCUGCACUGAAACAGGGUAGAAGCUUCAAAUACCUUCGGAUAUUUCUCACCAAAGCUUGGUAUUCGGGACCAACCUAGUAAACACAUGGCUAAUACAGCAGACACAAAUAUCAGUAGUGAUAUCGCCUAACGUCUCCUUGGUUUUGGCCGACAAGUUGCACCCGAACACACCGCAAAGACUACAGCCGGCGGCCAGUUAGCGCGUACGUUCUGUGCUGCAUGAGAGGAAAUAAUUAUCCACACCAGCAGGCGGCGGUAUCUUCAUCCUAGAUGGCCAUGUCAUUCACACCUGUACUUAGAGCUGUCCACCUGUGAUCAGAUCACUCAGGACGCGUGUUAAUGCUAUGUCUGAACAGGGCCUUGGAGUGAGACAGAUGUCUUUAGAGUGUUCCUUUCUGUGUCUCUGGGCGGUGAAGUUUGUUGCUUCAAGCGAGCGUGGAUGUUGGAUACUUAUCAGAGAGAACUGCUCCAGAUUCUCUCUCUGCGAGUGUGUGAUAGUGGCGGGAGAACCCAGCGCUAUAAAAAGACAUCAAACAUCUGUUGGACAGCGUCGACGCAGGAGGGCGUAUGAAUAUUCAGUCGGUGGUGGUGCCCCCGUCACCCUAUAGCCUACUUACCAUUUUAGAACAAAGCUGAAGGGCCCGGGGACCGCCGCUCUCGCCACUCCGCCACUCCGCCGGCCCCCGGCGGUGAAUAUUAGGACAAAACCUGUGAGACACAACUGAGACUGUGAAAACUGCUCUAGGAGUAUAGAGAGUGUAAUCUUCACAGAGAGAGAUGGUCUGUGUUUAACCCACAUUAGCCUCCAUCGUCUUAAUUAAAAGGUCCCACAACCCUCGGGGGGGGUUCGGGUGCACACUAAAUGAAGAGAGGCUUGUGGGAGUUCAGAGAGCAAAGCCAUACAACUCGCCCAGCAGAGACACUAUGAACUAACAGGGUAUGAGGAGUAUAGAUGACCCAAAAUGAAUGUACUGUCCCAUCCUCAUCCUGUUACAUAUCACCAUGAGCAUCAGUCACACUCUCACUCUUCUCCUCCCUCUGAAAUCUCAACUCCGUCUUUCUUUUUUUUCUCUUUUUAAUACUUUUCUUCCUCUUUUGGCUGAAUGUAAUUAUUUGAAUAUUGCCACCUUGGAUUUGAAAAAUGAAUCUCUGUUUGCUGCAUCUGAUAUUAUUUCGAGUUAAUAAAAAAUUGUUAUUGUUCUUUGCAAAAAAAAUACAAA